CGUCACCAGAUUAAAUCCUCUCGAUACCACUAGACCAAAACCCUAAGCCCCCUUAGUGAAUCGAAUCGAGUCCGCAGCAGCAGCCAUGGUGUGCAUCAGGCGAGCGACGGUGGACGAUCUGCUCGCGAUGCAAGCCUGCAACCUCAUGUGCCUUCCCGAGAACUACCAGAUGAAGUACUACCUCUACCACAUCCUCUCUUGGCCUCAGCUUCUCUACGUCGCCGAGGACUACAACGGCCGCAUCGUCGGCUACGUCCUCGCCAAGAUGGAAGAGGAGAGCAACGAGUGCCACGGCCACAUCACUUCCCUCGCCGUUCUCCGCACUCACCGCAAGCUCGGUCUCGCCACUAAGCUCAUGACCGCCGCUCAAGCCGCCAUGGAACAGGUUUAUGGGGCAGAGUAUGUUUCAUUGCAUGUGAGGAGAAGUAACCGAGCAGCGUUCAAUCUCUACACUGAGACAUUAGGCUACCAGAUUAACGAUGUUGAAGCUAAGUAUUACGCUGAUGGAGAGGAUGCAUACGACAUGCGAAAGAAUCUCAAGGGUAAGCAGAUUCAUCACCACGCCAGCCACGGCCAUCAUCAUCACCAUGGAGGUGGGUGCUGUUCAGGCGAUGCUAAAGUUGUUGAAACAACUCAAGCUGAAGAUGCUAAAGCAACAAGUUCCAAGUGAGAAACUCAAAAGCAGGUGAAUCUGUGAGUAUAUUGGACUAGCUCUAAUACUGCUCAGUGUACUCCAUUCAUAUGAUUUUGUUGAGUGUCUAAAAUACAUUUUGGUAACCACUCUUGUGUUGUUUUUCUAUUCUCUUCUCAAUCUUUUCUAUGUAUCAAUGUUUCAGAAGUACCAACUUUGUUUUCCUUGAGGCUUUACAACUUUAGAUUGAAAUCUUCUAUUUGCAAGAUAAUACAUUUAGUUUACAAAA